CCGGAAGUAAUGUGCGUGCCUUGACGUGCCGCUUCGCGUUGAACUUGCGGAGUGUAAAGUAAUCCGCAGCUGGUGGAGGGAUUCGUUCGCCGUUAUUGAUAGGUGAUGUGAGUGCUGCAUUAGAUAAGAUGAACGAAAACAAAGUCUUGUCAGCAGAUGCAUCAACCACACAGAAUGAGGCAGCUGUCAAACCUUUGCCAUUCAAACAGCCAAAUUUCCUACAUUCAGGGAUUGGAGGAGCAGCAGCUGGCAAGAAGAACAGGACAUGGAAGAACCUGAAACAAAUUCUCGCUUUAGAAAGGGCAUUGCCAUGGCAACUAAAUGAGCCAAACUAUUUCAGUAUUGAUGCCCCUCCUUCCUGUAAACCUGCAAAGAAGUACUCUGAUAUUUCAGGACUCCCAGCCAACUACACAGACCCUCAGACCAAGUUAAGAUUUAGCACAAUUGAGGAAUUUAAUUACAUCAGGAUGCUUCCCACAGAUGUGAUCACUGGAUAUCUGACUCUGAGGAAAGCUACAAGCAUAGUAACGUAGAAUGCUGAAGGGUUGCAGACAUUCAAAGAUCCUUAAUGCCAUUCCUAACUGCUAUUAAACAUUAAGUGGAUCCCAAUUGUUUUUUGCAUAUGUAAAUGUAUCCAGUGGUUUAUGUGUUUUAUUUCUUUCCUCUUCACAUUUUUCUAUACAUGCUAUUCUGUCUUUAUCUGUAAAUAAUUAUUCACUGAAUAUUAAUUGCUAGGUUUAGUUUGAAAUAAAUAUACAUACAUA